CAGUAGGUGCAGUGUGGGCAACCUGACUACACGGUGCUAGGGACGCUGUUUUGCAAAAAAAAAGGAAAGACGCUCAAAAUGGACGACGCAGACCUGGAGAAGUUGUCAAUAAAACCGGGUUCUCUGACUCCUAAAUUCCAUGUGAACACCACUGAGUACAGCGCAACCCUUCCUUGUGAUGUAGAGAAGCUGACAGUCAACUGUUUGACAAGUGACAGCAAUGCAUCUUAUCAAAUUCUGGGUAGUGGUGGAGAGCGGACUCUUCCACUUAAAGAGGGGGAAGUCACUAUCAUCAAGAUUGAGGUGUCUGCUGAAGAUGGGACAACCAAACUCUACCAGAUCCAUGCUAAGCGCCUUGCAGCUCGCGACGCCUCACUGACAGACAUCAAAGUAUCCAGUGGAUCUCUCAUGCCAGAAUUUAGCUGUGAUGUUCUCCAGUAUGUCUGUGUGGUGCCCAGCUCUACCUCAGCCAUAAAAGUGACUCCUGCAAUCCCAGAUAAGAAGACAGGGGUCAAAGUGUGUGGGUCUGAACCUGGGUCAGAGGUCGGUCUCAAUAUCGGAGAGACAGGAAUCGACAUUGAGGUUACAUCAGCUGAUGCCACCAACAAGCAGGUCUACACUGUCAGUGUCAUCAGAAACUGGUUCAGUCAAGCUGUUACCUUCAUCGACCCUAAACAGGCCAAGAAGUUUGAAUGUCCCAUCACCCUAGCCCCCCUCUACCGUCCAGUCAGUGUGUCUGGCUCCGAUCCUAAGCACAUCUUCAGUGAGCCUAUUAUCGAUGAACUCACUAAGACAUCCAAGCAGGAUCCACUAGAUGCAACACCCCUGGAUGUGGAGUGGAAGGUUCCAGAGAGAGCCUUGGACAAGGAGAUAUCAUCGGCAAUCGUCCAGUGUCUGUACAGUUACUUAGGAUGCGAGUCCAAGAUCAAAUUUGCUGAUCUAGGCAGCCAUGCUAAAGAAUGUGCCAGCAAGCCAAAGACUGAUGUGGAAAUACCUGGUGACACAGCUACUUGCGGAGAUUGCAGCAGGAAAGUGCUCCAGGGAGAGACGGAUUGGCAUCAAGCCAACAUGUGUACAAGCAAGCACACCAGCCGAGAGAUUAAACACUCCAUCAAGGAUCAUUCCUGGGAGAAGAAACUUUACCAGAGUGGUGGAUCAGGCAGUGAGAUAGAAGCCAAAAAACAGAUCGAGCUGUACAGGAAAAGUCUUCCCAAACAAGGUCAAGCAGGUAGGAUCGAGGGUGGUAAGUCACCCCUAGAUUAUCUCCACACAGCUGCCUUGAACCUAGCCCUCACUGUCAAGCAGUCACCCAAACAAGCUAGUCUACAUUUCCAGCUGGGAUUGGUGCUAGAGGAACAGUAUUAUGCACAGGAUAUGUACGGAUAUAAGCCAGAGGAAGAAGACGUUGGCCAGGGACUUGCUUCACUUUCCCUUGAUGCUAAAGAGAGUAGUAAAGAGGAUGACAUCCAGGCUAUCUGUGUCCAGCGGGGGGCUGGAUCUAAUGCACCCCUCGCUCGUCAACUACAAGCCAUCGAUGAAGAGUACAAGUAUCUGCUGGAUUCUGGGCAGUCCGGCAAAGCUGAUUACGUUCAGACUCUCUAUAUCUGGAAGUCAAAGCAGGCACUUCAGGAUGGCCGAGCAGCCCAAGCAGCAUCAGACCAAGAGACGCCACUAGGCCAAGCCUACCUGAAAUACCUGGAUGCACUCUCCUUGGAUCAGAAUAAUGCAUUAUAUAACGUCCACGUGGGUCGUCUGUUGCUUCUACAAGGCAAACCUGAGGAAGCUUUGACGAGACUCCAGCUGGCUGUAGGAAUCAAACCAGCAUUGACUGUUGCACGAUUCUAUUUAGGAUUGGCUCUAGCACAGCAGAAAGGUGGGCCUGGGAGCCGGAGCAAGGAAGCCAUUACCUACCUACAUGAUGGUCUGGUCUACUUACUAGAGAGUGCAUCAGUGAGGGCUGAGGCUGGGCUAGACAGCUCUGUAGAUAUUACAUUGCAUUCGGAGGAUUUGUGGCGCACCACCAACAUUCAGCUAUUCCGAGGCUGUGUUACCCUGGCAACGUUACUCAGAAAGUCACCACAAGACAAGAAAAUGUCAGCCCAGAAUGUCUUCCACAGUGCUGCACUAUUAGCUGCCCAGAAUCUCUGCACCUUGGUCUCCCGUGGUGACACCUACCAAUCUAUGGAAUGGAUCCUCUUAGAUUGUCACUCUCAUCUCCUGGAGAUGCUCCAACAGAAGGAACCAGGGAAUACAUCUUGGAUAGCUCAACGAUGCCAGCAGCUGACUGCAAUGAUACGAUGCUCAACGUUACCGCAGAGUAUUGAGAUACUACAACUACAGGAAAAGACCUGUCAGAAAGGAGUGAUGGCCCAGCCCACAUCCAGCCAAACUCUGUGCCAACUAGGUAACUCUCAGCUGGCGAUGUAUGACAACGAUUCAUCCUCUGAUGUUGGCAAGAAAGCUCUGAUAGAUGCAAGGCUUUCAUAUCGGGCUAGUAUAGCACAGGAAGGGAAGCCUAGCGUAGGAGGGGAACUGCCGGAACAGCUCAAGGACCAAGCCUGGUGGCAAGACAAAAUCAAAGAAGAAGAGGCCAAGAAAGCAGCUACAGAGAAAGCCAAGGCACCUGCAGCAGCAGCAGCAGCUACAAAGACAGCAGCAGGUAAAGCACCAGCAGCAAGAGGGAGAGGUGCACCAGCUAGGGGUGCAGCAGCAGCAACCAGGGGUACAGCAGCAGCAACCAAGGGUGCAGCGGCACCAGCGAGGGGCGCAGCAAGGGGUGCAGCAAGAGGAGGCACAGCAGCCAAGGGCCCUGCCAGAGGGGGUGCAGCCACACGCGGAGGGGCAGCUGCUAAACCUGGCCCUCAGGCAAAGACACCAUCUAAAGCAUCCCCCUCGUCCAAUGCAAACAAAGUAACCACCCCUGCUAAGGUUAAUGGUACAGCCCCUGCCAAGUCCCCUCAACCUCAACAAGAGAAACCCACAGACACAGGCAAACAGACAGCCGCAGUCCCAAGCAACGCUCCAUUGAAUCGCAUCACCUACCCGGCACGACUUGGCCUAGCGAGGGCGCUAGUCAGAGAGGCAAAGGACACGUCAGAGUCACAAGUGUUGUACAAUGACGUCAUCGUCAUGGCACCACAGAUUCACGAUGCCUACAUUGAGCUCGCUGAUCUCCUAGUCAAGGAUGAACCCCUGAAGGCGGUAGACGUCUAUGAUAGAUUCCCAUUCCCUGAGGAGUCUUCAUUUGAUGAUGCGUACCUCCAUGGAGAGGUGGUACGACUUCUGAUGAAACGUGAACAGUUUGAUGACGCAAGACUGGAGAAGCACAUGAUAUCAUGGGGUCGAGUUAUGGGAAUAGGUUGUUUGGAGAAGUACGUUGAGAUCCUAGAUUCCAAGUUCAAGACUAAACUCUUGAUGAGUGUGUACGCUGGCGUCAAUAGGAAGACUGUAGAUGAUCCAGAUAUGCAGGCAUUCUUCAAGUUCAAGAUGUGGCUGUGAGAGACGGAACCUCAUCAAGAAAAUAGCCAUUAGUCCAGGCAUAGAAAUUAGUGUUGAGAUGCUACUUUGUUGUGUACAAAUAAAGUCUGUGGGAGGGGUGAAUAUUUGCUAUUUAAAAAAAAAAAUCCAUCCUUUAAAUUUUUCCUUUUUUUUAAAUACAUUUUUAAUGACUGACCAUCAUUGAGUAUAUAUAAAAGGUUAUGCACCGAAGUGCUGUAGUCUUUGCCAUUCACCUAUUCAUUUGUCUGAAAAUAUGGAAUCACUUAUUCAGACAGAGAGUAAAAGGUAGAGAUACAUAGAAUUUCGUUUAAAGCUUUUUUAAUAACCAAAAAUGAUCUUGAAUAAGGGCGGGUUAAUUUUCUUGGCAUUGUCAGGAAUAACUUAAUAAAUAUAACAUAUUUAUGUUACGUUUGUUUUACUAUACCUGAUACUUAUUCACCCAAAAUUUGUCUUGUAAUGCAAUAUUCUCUGCAAAACGUUGCUCUGCGUUUGCCCCCAUCUUUUCUAGCUAGGGUGCUUGUUCCGCGAUUGCUUCGUAAAGCGGUAGUCUACUACGCAUGCAUAUUUACGCUGCGUGAAACCUUGCACGUGUGCUUGGUAAACAGCAUAACUAGCAUCUGGCAUGUGAUCGUGAAUGGACCAGUGAGAAUUCGCUUGUGAUCAUGAAUAUGUAUGAGAUACAGUAACAUCGUGUACAUGAAUUUCUUUAACUACACAGAAUCAAAACAAUUUGAUAUGAUGGUUAAGCUGAUAUGCUUACCGUACACAGCAUCAAUUCAUGAGUUAUUUCACUGUCACUCACAGUAAAUCUGAACUUCUGAAAUUAUGUCACCCAUAUUUUGAGCGUGUGCAAAUGUUUAAUCUCAAUCUGAAAGAUUUGAGCUUUCCGUCCAAUUUGUUAUCCGUCCAAACCACACUUUUAAAAAAAGUCUGUAAAACAAAAUGACUACAUGUUUGCACAAAAUUGCAAAACUUUAUUCAUAUGUACAAAUUGUGUUCCAUUGAGAGGACUAUAAUACAGACAUUCCCCUUAUUCCAUGAAGUUAUUUAUGUUAAUUUAUAGAAUAUAUUAAACACUUCGUCAAAAUAAGUUUUUACUGAUUUUGUUAAUCUGCCAGCAUUGUUUUCAUUUGAAAAAUGAAAAAACAUUAUUCAUGGCACAUGUGCCUUGAUACAGCCUUGCUGUAUAUUUUCUUCUUUUUAAAAAGAUAUUUGCAGUUUGUGAAAUUUUUCAGAGUUUGCAGUGUGUAAAGUUUUGAAUACAAAGUUUGCCAAGAUUUAUUUACAUA